UUUUACCCCCCAACCAGACCUAAAACCCUCACCUUAUCUUCUCAUCUCCUCCCCACCCCUUUCCUCGAAUCCUACUACUGCUUAGGCUGCUGCUUCUUGCUUCGUUGCGUGCUGGCGGAGCAAGAGGCGGCCAUGGCCACCACCACCGACGCCGCCCGAGUCGCGCCCGUGGAGGACGAGAACCCCGCCCCGGCGGCGGCGGCGGAGGAACCCAAGAAAGUCGAGGCGGCGGCGGAGGAGGAGCCCAAGAAAGUCGUUGCGGAUGGGGGAGAGGAGGAGGAGGUGAGAUUGGAGGGGAAAGGUGGGGGCUUUGGGAGUCCGGUGGCCGACAACGGCGAGGCGGAGGCGGAUGGAGGUGGGGCUGACAGCGGGGAGGUGAAAGAGGUGCAGGUGGAUGAGAAAGGUGAGAGCUUGGGCGCUGCGGUGGCCGAGAAGGAGGACGGGGACGGGGAGGCCGCCGCCGCCGCCUCCGUGGUGGCGGAGACGCCAGCUCCGGCGGUGGAGUCCAAGCUCGAGAACGGCGAAUUGGCCGAAGGGGAUGCUUAUUCGGUUUCUCCUGAUGCGCCGGAAGGUGAGGAGAAGGGUGAAUUGAGGGAGGAGCAGGAGGCAGGGGAGCAAGGUGCUUUGGCGGUGGAGGCGGAUGAUGCAGACAAGGUGACGGAUGAUGCCAAAUUGGCCGUGGCCGAGGAUGAAAAGCCGGAGGGUGAGAAGGGCGAGGAGGUUGGUGCUGGAGGUGGAGAUGUUGGUGAAUUGGGCAGCGAGAAAGAGGUUGACGAACCAGAGGAUAAGGUAGCUCCUGCCGCUGAAGCUAAUGGUGAAUUGGGUGGCGAGGUUGAGGCGGUUGAUGAGACGGUUGCGGUAGGAGGUGAGGAAGCCCCGGAAGAAUCGUUGGAGAAGGAUGCUGAUGUUGAAGACGAGGUUGCAAAGCCUGAGCCAGUGAAUGAGGCGAGUCCAGUGGUUAUUGAUGAUGGAAGCGCAGAGAAGCUUGCUCCUGCAAGUGUGGACAGUGGGCUUGAGGGAAGUCCUGAGAAAGGGCAGAAUGCUGAGGAUAGAAGCUCAGAGACGUUUGCUCUUGCUAAUUCAGACACUGUGCUUGAGGGAAGUCCUGCGAAGGGGCAAAAUGCUGAGGACCAGGUGGCCACCAGUGAAGCGGUGGAAGAUAAUGGUGAAAGUGUUGUAGCUGAUGACACUGAUGAUAUCUUGUCUCGAGAGUUGGCUCCAGAAUCAAGCAAGGAAAAUAAUGGUGAUGAGGAGGCUGAAGGUGGUGCUACAGAGGUUGUUGAUCGUGAAGAGGAGGCUGGUGAUGAUGACAUAGUUGAGGCUGCGGCAGAUGAUGAGGAUGGGGUUGGUAACGAGGCUGAUGAAGACGAUGAUGGUGCGAACUCUGACACGAGUCCUGCACGAGUUGCAAUUUUAGAGAGCUCUGAAGCUGCGAAGCAGAUCAUGAAGGAGCUUGCGGAGGGCUCUAGUGGUAGUGUGUCUGGCUCAAGAGACUACACCAAUAGCAUGGAUGGGCAGAUUAUGCUUGAUGAUUCUGAAGAGGAUGAGGAUGACGAUGAUAAUGAUGAUGGGGAUGAGAAGGGGUUCGAUUCUGCUGCCCUGGCGGCCCUUCUGAAAGCGGCAACCGGUGCAUCCUCAGAUGGGAAUAUCACAGUUGCUUCCCAAGAUGGUUCCAGAAUAUUUACCAUGGACCGACCAGCUGGUCUUGGUUCAUCAGCCCCUUCUCUGAGGCCGACUGCACCUCGUCAACCUGCCCGAUCAAACCUGUUCAGCCCCUCUGAGCUUGCAGUUACUGCUGAUCCUACUGAAGAGAUGACCGAGGAAGAGAAGAAGUUGCACGACAAGGUUGAGUUGAUUCGAGUAAAGUUUCUGCGUCUAGUUUACAAACUGGGAGCUACUCCUGAAGAAACAGUUGCAGCACAAGUGCUGUACCGUCUGAGCCUUGCUGAGGGUAUCCGACAUGGAAGGCAGACAAAUCGAGCUUUCAGCCUUGAUAAUGCACGGAAGAAGGCCUUGCUACUUGAAGCAGAGGGGAAAGAGGAUCUGAACUUUUCAUGCAACAUACUUGUUUUAGGAAAGACUGGAGUUGGCAAAAGUGCAACGAUCAAUUCUAUUUUUGGUGAAGAGAAGUCCAAAACUGAUGCUUUUGGCGCGGCAACCACCAGUGUGCGGGAGAUUGUUGGUGAGGUGGAUGGUGUCAAGAUUAGAAUCAUUGAUACACCAGGCCUUCGACCAAACGUUAUGGACCAAGGAUCGAAUAGGAAGAUUCUUGCUGCUGUCAAGAAAUAUACCAAGAAAUGUCCCCCAGAUAUUGUUCUAUAUGUGGAUCGUCUGGAUAGUCUGAGCCGUGAUCUCAAUGAUUUGCCUCUUCUGAAAACCAUUACUGCUGUUCUUGGUUCAUCCAUAUGGUUCAACGCAAUCGUUGCUCUCACACAUGCUGCUUCUGCUCCUCCUGAAGGCCUCAAUGGUGCUCCCAUGACAUAUGAGGUCUUAAUGGCUCAGAGAUCCCACAUUAUCCAGCAAUCCAUCAGGCAGGCUGCAGGAGAUAUGCGCUUGAUGAACCCAGUAGCCCUUGUUGAGAACCAUCCUUCUUGCCGGAAAAACCGUGAGGGCCAGAAAGUACUUCCAAAUGGCCAAAGCUGGAGACAUCAGAUGCUGCUCUUGUGCUACUCCUCAAAGAUAUUAUCAGAAGCCAACUCACUUUUAAAGCUUCAGGAUCCUAAUCCUGGAAAGCUUUUUGGGUUCCGUUUCCGCUCCCCGCCGCUUCCCUUCUUGCUGUCUUCCCUCUUGCAGUCAAGAGCCCACCCCAAACUUUCCCCCGAUCAGGGUGGCAAUGAAGGAGAUUCUGAUAUUGAUUUGGAUGACUAUUCUGAUAUAGAACAAGAUGAUGACGAAGAGGAAUAUGAUCAGCUUCCACCAUUCAAGCCCUUAACCAAAGCUCAGCUUGCGAGGCUUACAAAAGAGCAGAAGAAUGCUUAUUUUGAUGAGUACGACUAUAGGGUCAAGCUUCUCCAGAAGAAACAAUGGAAGGAUGAGCUCCGCAGGUUAAAGGAGAUGAAGAAGAGGGGCAAAACUGACCUAGAUGAUUAUGGGUAUGCUAAUAUCGCUGGAGAAAAUGAUCAGGAUCCUCCUCCAGAGAAUGUAUCAGUUCCCUUACCUGAUAUGGUGCUACCUCCUUCAUUUGAUUGUGACAAUCCCACAUACCGGUACCGCUUUUUGGAGCCAACUUCGACUGUCCUGGCAAGGCCUGUUUUAGAUGCUCAUGGGUGGGAUCAUGACUGUGGUUAUGAUGGAGUAAGUGUUGAAGAAACACUCGCUAUACUUAACAGGUUCCCAGCUAAUGUAGCAGUUCAGGUCACCAAAGACAAGAAGGAAUUCAGCAUCCAUUUGGAUUCUUCCAUCGCAGCAAAGCAUGGGGAGAAUGCAUCGUCACUUGCUGGUUUUGACAUCCAGACUGUUGGGCGGCAGCUUGCGUAUAUUCUUCGUGGUGAGACCAAAAUCAAGAAUAUCAAGAAGAACAAGACUACUGGAGGAUUCUCAGUGACUUUCUUGGGUGACAUUGUGGCAACUGGGCUGAAGGUUGAGGACCAGCUCUCUCUUGGGAAGAGGCUUGCACUAGUUGCGAGCACUGGUGCGAUGCGAGCUCAAGGGGACACUGCAUAUGGAGCUAACUUGGAGGUGCGUCUGAAAGACAAGGACUAUCCGAUUGGCCAGUCCUUGUCAACCUUGGGUCUUUCUCUGAUGAAGUGGCGUCGUGACCUCGCUCUAGGCGCUAACCUGCAGUCCCAGUUCUCCAUCGGAAGGGGUUCAAAGAUGGCGCUUCGUCUUGGACUGAACAACAAGCUGAGCGGGCAGAUCACUGUCAGGACAAGCACAUCAGAGCAGGUUCAGAUUGCACUUCUGGGUCUUGUGCCAGUUGCAGCCUCCAUCUACAGGAGCUUCCGGCCCAGUGAACCAUCGUUUGCCUAUUAGCUCGGCAGGAAGAGGAUCAAUUUACUUAUUCCAUCAUUGUGUCUUUUUCGCUUAGCAAUUUUCCUUUUUCGUAUGAACUGUAAUUCCUGCCGUUUCAGUUUACUCUUUGUACUCCGAAGAUGUUCCUAUCAUAAUUUUGGCUGAAUAGGGUUGUGAGAUUUAUCUGGAACUAUAGCUGAAUAAUGUCGCUGGAUCUAUGAUCCUUGUUAUUUUCAGUAUAUUACAAUGUUGCUCUUGGCAUCAAGUUUAUCUUUUCA